CUUUUUUGUGAUUCUCUCCUUCAUUCCUCGUUGAAUUAUAAGUUAUAUCGCUGUUUGAAGGGUUUCGAUUUCCCGGUGUUUUGACUUUGAAAUUGGCAAGGAUAUUGUUCUUUGAAAUCAGAAAUGAUGUUGUCUCGUCGUGCGUGCUACAAGUGUGGCAACAUUGGCCACUACGCCGAGGUCUGCUCUUCCACUGAGCGCUUGUGCUACAACUGCAAGCAGCCUGGCCACGAGUCCAGCAGCUGCCCCCUUCCUCGUACUACCGAGACCAAGCAGUGCUACAACUGCCAGGGCCUUGGACAUGUCCAGGCUGACUGCCCCACUCUGCGCCUGAACGGUGGUGCCAACGGCCGCUGCUACAACUGCGGCCAGGCCGGCCACCUUGCCCGCAACUGCACUAGCCCUGCCGUCCCCAACGCUGGCCGCCGCCCCGCUGGAGCUGCUCGUGGCGGCUUCCAGGGCCAGGGUGGUUUCCGUGGUAACUUUGGUGGUUUCCCCCGCACUGCCAUGUGCUACAAGUGUGGUGGUCCCAACCACUUCGCCCGUGACUGCCAGGCCCAGGCCAUGAAGUGCUACGCCUGCGGCAAGCUUGGUCACAUCUCUCGUGACUGCACCUCCCCCAACGGUGGCCCUCUGAGCCAGACCGGCAAGGUCUGCUACAAGUGUGGCCAGCCCGGUCACAUUUCCCGCGACUGCCCCACCACUGAGGCUGCUGCUGCUGCUGCCCCUGCUGCCUCUGAUGCGGCCGCUGCUACCGUUGCUGUGGAUGCCACUGCCUCGGCUCCUAUUGCCCCUGUCAUCUCUCCUGUCGCCACUGUCGAGGCCGUUGAGGCUGGUGAGACCGAUGCCUCCGCUGUGGCCCCUGCUGCCGCUCCCGCUGCCGCUGCUCCUACCACCGCUGCUGCAUAAGCGAAUUUUUGAUAUAACCUGAUUUCUCACCACCGUGCCAUGCCCGGACUUAUUUACCCCCAUUUCUUCUUUCAUCCCUGUAUUACGGUCACUUUCAACCCCGAACGAUCCUUUUUUUAUCUCUCCGGAGUCUUCAUUUGCAUAUAUUGGCCAUGCUCCCUUUGAAUUGGGUAUUGGUUUGAAUCUGUUUGUUUAUCGUCUUUGUCUUUUCUUUUCACCUUCCCACUUGUUAUGUAUACGACGAUCAAACAGAAAAAGUUCUUUCCCUUUUUCUUUUGAAAUCACGAACCCCGGUUUCCCUCAAGCUGACUUGGUCUUGGUCAAGUCUCAUGGUUGGCGUCUUGUCUAUUUGUUACUCCCAGUCGAAUCUUUGAUUCGAUGAAAUCUACUCUUGAUUGCGGUUUUCCCGGAUGGGCCCGGAGAGAGAGCGAGAGAGGAUGAGAGAAUGAGGAGUGGUGGAUGCAGAGAAAGAGAAAGAGAAAAGCAGAUCGCAGUGUAUUUGGAAUGGGGCCUUUCCCGGUGAGAAGAUUCCUUGGUGCUGAGAAUAUGAAAACGC